AUGCAUCAAUUUCCAGGCAAAACGGGCACCUCUCAAUUGACAUGGGAAGAGGAUCGGGUGCAAAAGGGUCGUUGGUACUCACGAAGUCGCGGUCAUCCUCAAGCAGACUCACGAGGCCAGGACAUGCCAUUUUCUGUCGAGGGAAUGCCCCCGAAUUCGGCCGUGCACGCGUCGGUUUCGCUCUGGACGACGUACUUCUCACGUUUACAGUCGUAA